AUGAAAUAAAAUGAUCUAAGAUUUGCACUUGCAUCCUAAGGUGCCACUAUUUGUGUUCAAUUUCUUCAUCCUUUAGAUAUAAUCAAAACAAGAAUGCAAAGUAUGUCAUUUUUUUCAUUUCUUAAAAAAGGUCAUGACGGUCAAACACACAAAAAUCUAGUACCUAAAUAUGGAAGUAUAUCAAAUGCAAUUAAAUAAAUAUAUAAAGAAGAGGGAUUUAAAGGAUUUACAAAAGGAAUAUUGUGGUCAUUAUGUGCAAAUAGCAUAGCAAGAGUUCUUUUUUUUGUUUUGUAUUAUACAUUUUUAAGUAUAGUUAUGAAAGCAAAAAAGAAGAAUGUAAUUCUUAUUUCGGACAUGGUUCCAAAAAGUCUAUUCUAAUUGCAUCUAUAUACGCUUCACUUCUUGGUUAAAUUAUUACAUAACCUUUAUGGGUUACUUUAACAAGAUUGCAAUUGAAUGUAGGAAAGAUGAAUGUAUUUAUAUAAUUCUUAUUUUAAGGGAUUUGAAAAUGUCAAAUUUACAAUUAAACAAAUACACAGUUAACAUGGAUAUUUAGGUUUUUAUCGUGGUUUAAAAAUGUCUUUAUUUGCCUCUUGUCAUGGAAUGAUUCAAAUCAAUAUUUAUGAAUGGACUCUUUCUUUUUUAACUCAACUUGAAUAAUAUAGAGAUUUGAAUUCUUUUAUUGCUGGAGGAUUUUCGAAAGGAUUUGCAAUCUUUAGCACUUAUCCAAUGACCACAAUUAAAACAAGAAUUAUAUAAAAUUAAUAUAUAGAAUCUGAAAAUCCAAAAUAUAAAUCUAAUUUUGAUAUUGCCAAUAAAAUACUAUAACAUGAAGGAAUUAAAGGAUUUUAUAAAGGAAUAACCGCAUCCUUGCUUAAAGGGAUGCCAUCGAAAGCAAUUUAUUUUUUCUUUUAUGAACAUUUUAAAGUAAUGCUUAAUGUAGGAAGACCAUAAAAUAAUUAUUGA